UUGGUAUUAGUGUUUUCGAAUGUUUUUAAGCGGACGUGGGUCUGUAAUAUCAGGAAAACUAAGAAGAAUGUCUAUUAAAGCUGCGCUGAUAGAUCUCAGUGGCACCCUACACGUGGAGGAUGAUCCCACACCCAAUGCUGUUGAGGCAUUAGCCAGAUUGCGUGAUUCUGGAGUGUCAGUUAGAUUUGUCACAAAUACCACCAAGGACUCAAAGGGGACGUUGCACGAACGUCUCUGCAGGAUUGGCUUCCACUUGGACCGCUCGGAGAUCUACAGCUCCCUGAGCGCCGCUGUCACCUUUGUGCAAAGUGGAAAACUAAACCCAUACUACCUCUUGUCGGAGGAUGCACGCCAGGACUUUCCGCCUGAGGAUCCGAAUCGAUGCCCCGACUCGGUGGUUGUUGGCCUGGCACCCAAAGCAUUCAACUAUGAGCAAAUGAACAAGGCUUUCAAUGUGCUGUUGCAGAAUAAGGAGCACAAACUGGUGGCCAUACAUCAGGGUAAAUACUACAAGCGAUCAGAUGGCCUGGCCCUGGGUCCCGGUUGCUUCGUCAAGGGUCUGGAGUAUGCCACAGGAUGUACGGCCAAGCUGAUUGGCAAACCGAACCCAUACUUCUUCAAGGGGGCUUUGGAUGGCCAGGAUCCAUCCUUUUGCGUCAUGAUAGGUGAUGAUGCCAAUGAUGAUAUUGGCGGUGCAAUGGCCAUGGGCCUACAGGGCAUACUCGUGAAGACUGGUAAAUAUCUGCCGGACGUCGCUCUGUCGCCGCCACCCACAGCUCUGGUGGAGAAUUUCGCCGAAGCAGUCGAUUGGAUACUAAAGAAAAAUCAAGUUUAAAACUUAAUAAAAUAAA